ACGUCGCGAGUGGAGUGGAGUGGAGUGGGGUUUAGUAGCCGCAGUGCGAGCGCCGGCUGCGGACGUCUCGUAGCUCCGGGCACCUCCGCGACGCUCCACGAAGGGGCCCGCCGCCACGCCGGAACUCUGUUUGCGUGUUACUGUGCUCGCCGUCUGUGUGUGAUUCUGGACUCGUAAACCCGCUGGCGGACACGCCCACCGCUGGAAUAACAGCGUCGCCGCCGCCUCCGGCCACGAUCUCUUGUGAUGACAUGCGAGGAACAGCCACGUGAAGGAUGCCCCUGGUCAUCCGCAGCCCAAGGCAGGCAACCGCCACGGAGAUGCGCGCUUUCAUAGAGCUCGCGGCCGGGCUCGCGACAUGGAGGAGGAGUGCGGGCCGUGCGGGGGCCCGCCGCCCCCGCAGUUCUCGUUGCCCCCGCCGCCGCGGCCGCCCUUCCUCGUCGACGGCGACUGCUCAGAGGACGGCCCGCUGCUCGCCUUCGAGGUCUGCGACGCCUUGCCCGUGCUGGACGCCGAGCUGCACAGCAGCCCCGCCAUCCCGUCCACGGCCGUCAUAGUGGGCAGCUGCGUGCUGCUGCUCGCCACGCUCCUAAUCGUCUCCGUGCUGCUCUUCAAGUACAAGCGGAAGGUGCCGAACGCGGCGCCGAACAAGGCAGCGUCGGCGCCCGUGCACUGCGACACCGCGUCGUCUGCCGGCCUGGGCGGCGUCGGCGGCGCAGACCCCUCCUACGAGGACGCCGGCAGCGUCCGUCCCCGCACAGCGCCACCUGCUGAGUCGCCCAAACUGCAGAUGACUGACCUGAAAUCCAACGGAGCUGGAUAUCCGAAUGGAUUUCCUGUUCUGCGUGAUCCAUCGCUCUACAUAGGAUCGCAUCCUUACAUAUCAGAAGAUCUUUACAACCCAGUCUACGAAGAAAUAUCACAUGGCUCUGGCGAGCGCGGCGAGACAGACAGCGAGCUGCCCGCGUCGGAAGAUGAGUUCGCGGAGGACGAGCUCAGCCUGGCCGAAGCGCCUCGCCCGCAGCGGUCGCCACCCCCGCCGCUGCUGCACUCGCUGGCGGCCUCCGCCGGUUCGCUGGACGGCCGCGGCGGCCGCACGCGCCCUCCGCCUCCGGGCCUGGGGGCGGCCGUCUCCAGCGCCGCCUCCGAGUCGCCGUUCUACGAGCCGACGUCGCCGGACCUGCGGUACAGCAGGUGUACCGUGGCGCACCUGCCCAGCCCGCCGCCCCCGGCACCCGCCUCCGGAGGCCCCGGCGGCAGCGUGAGGCGGUCCCGCGGGCACCGCAGCAACGACAGCGAGUUCCACGAGGGGAUGCUGUUGGACGCUCUGCUGCACCAGCUCUACUACCAGCAGCAGCAGCAGCAGCACUCGCUGCCCUUCGCCAGCCCCCACGUCCCCGAGCUGUACGGCCCGCACCGGGCGUCGCAGCAACUGCCCCACAGGACGCUGCCGCACUUCUACCACCACCCCGGCGCCGAGGUGUUCACCACCCUGCGGCACCACCACGCCGGUCCCGCCGCUUCGCCGGUGCAGCACCGACACCACCACCAGCAACAGGCGCAGAGGCGAAGGCCGCCCGUCGCCCACUCCGGAUCGGCGCUCGGUCUGUCGUAG